AUGGCCACUAGAUGGUGGCGGUGUCGUGAGCUGGCGCUCGGAGCGCGCGCUGUCCCAGUGAUCUGUGACGACGAGGCCGCGGGCCGGCGGUGCUCGCCUGGUGAUUGUGUCGAGCCGGUGGCCGAGGUGCAUCCGGAGACGAUUACGCCAAGGAGACUGCCGCCGCCACCCCGUUCAUUCGCGUGUCGUCUCGCGAGCUCAGCAGCAUUAUCUGCAUGGACAUCCACACUAACGCUUGCAUGCUCCGAACUACGGACUUUCAUCUCGUCUGAUUUUGCAUGUCCUAAAGCAAUAAACACAGCACAGAGUCGCUCGCAGGUGCCUGCGGCCGCUGCGUGGGGGGCGGGGCCGGCUACCACCACCACCACCGCCGGCAGUUACGCCAGCGCCCACUUCCUCCGCCGCGCCGCGCCGCGCCGCUUCGCUUGGAACAUCACUUGCUCCAACAACCAAUGGCAGCUGUCCCUCGUGGGCACCGUUCACUUCGCCGGCAUCUUUCUCGGCACCAUCCUGUUCGGCUUCCUGGCUGACAGGGGUCGAGCUGGUGGGGCGGCGGCGGCGCGAGAUGAGCGGCAUCGUGCUCAACUACUUCUACGCCCUGGGCGAGGCGGCCGUGGCGCUGGUGGCGUGGCUGUCCCGCGACUGGGUGUGGCUGCAGCUGCUCGUCUCGGCGCCUGCCGGCAUCUUCGUCAUCUACUACUGGGCGAGAAAGGAGGCGAGGCGGCCGGUGGACCGGAGCAGGUGCAGGGCUUGCUGGCCACCGUCCUGCAGGUUGCGCGCUCCAGGAAGCUACUGGUGCGCGCGCUCCUUCUCUUCUUUAUCUGGGCCGCCAACGCGUUCGUGUACUACGGGCUGUCAGUGAACUCGACCAGCCUGGGCGGCGACAAGUACCUUAACUUCGCGCUGGUGUGCCUCGUGGAGAUCCCGGGCUACACCGUCGCCUGGCUCCUCAUGAACCGCCUGGGUCGUCGCAUGUCGCUGGGCGGGUCGCUCGGCCUCUGUGCCUUAACGUGCAUCGGCGCCGCCUUCGUGCCCGUGGGUAUGGAGUGGGCGGAGAUCGUGCUGUUCCUGGUGGGCAAGCUGGGCAUCACCUCGUCGUUCGGCGUGGUGUUCGUGUACACGGCGGAGCUGUACCCGACGCCCAUGCGCAGCGCUGGCGUCGGCAUGAGCUCAACGGUGGCGCGCGUCGGCGCCAUGGUGGCGCCCUUCGCGCCGCUGCUGGGCCAGGUCUACGCGCCGCUGCCGCUCCUACUGUUUGGCGGCGUGUCGCUCAUCGCCUCGUUGUUCACCCUCGCCCUGCCCGAGACGCUGGGCACGCGCCUGCCAGACACCGUGGACGAGGUGGAAAAGCUCUAGUGACCGCUUCACCGACCGCCAGCCCCGCCGCGCACGUCUUUCUACAGGGAUUCACCUCGUUGCCUUGCUGGUGGUGUGCGUUUCUGCUGAUCAAUUCGCGAUUAUUAUUGUAUUGAAAAGGACAACUCGGAGUCAAGGUAAAAAAAAUCGCUUUAGAAGUGUUCUGUUGUUUUGUAAUUCUUGAGAGAUGACGUGGUAAUGAAACUAAGAUUGUUAUUUUAGCUCAGAGUACGUCUAGAGUGAAUCUUAUGUUAUUGAUAUGACUGUUAUAUGAUUGUGUUGUAUAAACGUGUACUUAAAUAUUCUAACUUUAAUUGUGGUUUGUAGAUGUUUUGAAGUUACUUGUGUUUUGGUACGCAAUUUGUCAACGCUUGACGAGUAGAAAAUGGUUUUAUUGAAAGUUAUUCAAUCCACUGCAACUGUCGAAGUUGAACUCAUCAUUUAUUCAAAUUGAUUCACCAGUAUAUAAUAUCGCCAAUAACUGAUUCAAUCUUUGGUAUUAUUUUUCAUUGCAUGUUUUCAAAAUAAUAAAGAAAGUCGCCAUUAUACAGUUUGCAUUAUGCAGUUUCAAUGAGAUGUGAAAAUGUAAUCUCAUACCAUUGUAUGUUUUAUGAAGAUUGUUAGAAAACCAUUGGACCAUUUCUGCGUAAAUAUUUAUUUUUUGUGAGAAUUUUAAAGAUGACAUUGCCUUCAGAAAUAAUAGUUGGCAUUUUUAAUUGGGGUGUAAAUAGUUGGCAAAGAUUUUUUUUAUUGUGUAAUAGAGACAACUUUAUUUAUAUCUCAUUUUAUAACGUAUCUUUCUGUGAGAUAUUACAUCCAAACUAAAUUUCUCUCUUGUAAGAACUUAAGUAUUGUUUUCACUGCAUAUAUGUGAUGAGACAUUUUCAACUUUGAAUGUCAUAUUCCCAAUGUUCAGAUUUUCCAAAUUCUACUUUACAAAAAAAGAUGAAUAAUACUCAGACAUUAAAUUCGAAUACAAAAUUCUAUUAGUAUAUUGGUUUUUUUCUUCAUUUGAGUUCACAUUUCUGUCUUUUAAUACUUUGAUCAUUUAAAAAAAAGUUAUAAUAAUAAAGCAUUUUGGUUCUCUAGAAACAUACAAUUGUAAUAGUCUUCCAAAUGAACAAGGUGACAAAAAAAUCAAAUUGUCAGGAAUAAUAAGAGAUCUUCUGUCACUUCUGUGGAUGUCACGAUCAAAUACACAUGGCUGAAAAAAAGGUUAGGAUUUCUGAAGUAAAAUAAAUUAUGUUAAAUGUUUAUUUCACUAAAUGUUUACAUUUAACAAAGAUGAGGAAUGUAUUCUUAUAAAUAAUAAUGGUUUUGAAUUAAGAUUAAUAUCAAUGUUCAUUCAAAAAAAUUAUUUUUUUAUAAUUUAGGAUUAAACAUCUCAUCUCUGAAUAUUGAAAUAUAUACAUUGCAUUGACUUGUACAUUUUCAACUUCAGAUCUCAGCGACUUCCAUAAUGCUCCACAGACCAAAGUUUGUAAGAAAAUAUUUUAUUUUCUGUAGAUAUUGUUAAUGUAUUUGCAACAUCAUUGAUUCUUGCACUUACAACACAAUAUAUGACACAAAGAAAUAUUAAAUUAGUUAUAAUUUGAAUAUUAUUCAAAUAUUUGAGUCAUUAAUUUUCAUGUCCAGUAAUUACGUAAAUGUACUUGAAGUGCCUUUACAUCAGCUUAGUGUCUUUUGAUACAAUAUUUAUGGUAAUGAAAACUUAAAUAUUUUGUAAUUGAUUUGACUAGUGGAAUCAUGAGACCAUUAAGGAGUUUUAUGUAUUAAUGAUGAUAAUUUAUAUGACAAACUGUACAUUUUUUAACUUUGAAGUAUUUAAAUAUAACUCUAAUAAAUUAAUUUUGGAAUGGUAUAAAAGAGAAAUAAAUAAUGCUUCUUAAAAUUGUUAUAGUAUACAACAAACAGGUUUUCAGAACUAUUAGACUUUGUUCUGUAGGUUAACUAGAAAUCAAGAAGAAUAAAAUUAUUGAUAUAAAG